CAGGCAACUAACAAUAUAUUCAUCUUUAUUUACUCUUUCUUCUGCUAAGAUCUGAUUCACAUCUUCAACUCUAUGUUAAGAAGAAUACUCUUCCAACUACCAACUUUCUCUCUUACUCUCAUCCUCUGCAGAAACUGAUUUUCUUAGAUAAGCUCUGUGCAACACAAUCUGCUUUGAGAAUUAUUUCAGCAAACUCCACAACAUCUUCUUUCUCCAAAGAACCCUGUAAAAGACUCAGAUGCAUUAAGUGAGAACUGUAAAAUUCAUACAAGGAAAAAAAGGACUAAUCGUAAGUAAACAAUUAAGACGAAAGCGCCCAUUAUCAAGGGACCAUGGAUCCAAUUGUCUCAACAACUACUGAAAGUGCACUUAAUAUUACGGCAAGUGUGGUCAAACGACAAGUGGGUUACUUGUUUAAUUACAAAGACAAAUUUAAAGAGUUGAAAUCUUACAUUGAGAAGUUGGAAAAUAAUAAGGAGAGACUACAACAUCAAGUUGAUAGUGCACUAAGGAGUGGAGAUGAAAUUGAAAAGGACGUUCAACAUUGCUUAACCUUCAUCGAUGAUAAGAUAAAAGAAUAUAAAAGUUUUAUUAAUGAUGAUUGUCAUGCAAAGACAAUUUGCUCAAUUGGUUUCUUUCCAAAUAAUUUCCGACUGAGGUAUCAACUGGGUAGAAAAGCUACAAAGAUGGUGGAGGAAAUUAUAGGAGAUGAGCUUUGGAAAACUUUUUUUGACAAUGUUUCGUACCAAGAAUUUCCAUCCAUUGAUGCUACUUUUUCAAACAAUGUUUAUGAAAGCUUUGCAUCAAGAACUAAAACUAUGGAGAUGAUCAUGAAAGCACUGCAAGACUCUACAGUUGGUAUGAUUGGAGUUUAUGGGCCUGGUGGUGUGGGUAAGACCACUUUAGUCAAAGAAAUUGCUAACAAAGCUCGAGAAAAGAAUUUGUUCGAGAUAAUCAUCAUAGCAAAUAUUACAGGAAAUCCUGACUUCAAAAAAAUUCAAGAGCAAAUUGCUGUCAUGCUAGGAAUGAAAUUGGAAGAGGAAAGUGAGAUUGCAAGAGUAGAACGUAUUCGAAAGAGGUUAAAGAAUGAAAAGGAGAACACCCUUAUUAUCCUUGAUGAUCUUUGGGGUGGAUUGGACUUUGAUAAACUUGGGAUUCCAUGUAAUGAUGAUGCAAGCCAACAAGAAGUCAAUGACAUAUCUGAUUUUGGUUAUAAUAAGACAGAAAUAAAAGAGUUGUCAAAAGUUGAUUUGGAUAAGAUGAAAAAGGAAAAGUUGUCUAACGAUUAUAGAGGAGGCAAAAUUCUUCUAACAUCUAGAAAUAAACAAGUAUUAUGUAAUGAAAUGGAUGUGCAACAAAGGUCAAUUUUUUCGGUAGGAGUCCUUGAUGAAAAGGAAUCAGAGACUUUGCUUAAGAAAGUUGCUGGUGUGAAAAAUUCUGAGUUUGAUAGGAGUGCUACUGAAAUUGCCAAAUGGAGUGCUGGGUUUCCAAUAGCCUUAGUUUCCAUAGGAAGGACACUAAAGAAUAAAAGCUUAUCUACAUGGGAAGAUGUCUGUCAACAAAUUAAAAGACAAAAUUUUACAUCAGAAUGGGGAUUUACUGACUUCUCAAUAAAGUUGAGCUAUGAUCAUCUAAAAAAUGAGGAGCUUAAGUGUAUUUUCUUACACUGUGCUAGAAUGGGAAGUGAUGCUUUGAUUAUGGACUUGGUGAAAUUUUGUGUUGGUUUGGAUUUGCUUCCAGGUGUCCACACAAUUACAGAUGCAAGGAAAAGAGUAAAGGAGAUGAUACAAGAGCUAGAAGAAUCGAGUUUGUUGGUGAAAAGUUAUUCUAUUGAUCGCUUCAACAUGCAUGACAUUGUGCGAGAUGUUGCUCUUUCAAUAUCAUCCAAGGAAAAACAUGUGCUUUAUAAGAAAAAUGCAAUACUUUAUGAGUGGCCUCACGAAAAUGACUUUGAAAGGUACUCUGCCAUUUUUGUACACUUUUGUGACAUCAAUGAUGAGCUUCCUGAGAGUAUACAUUGUCCUCAACUUGAAGUCUUACAUAUUGACAAUAAAAAUGAAUCUUUUGAAAUACCAGAUGAAUUUUUUAAAUCUAUGGUUCGACUCAGAGUGUUGGUAUUGACUGGUAUUAAUUUAUCUUGCUUACCUUCAUCAAUUAAAUGCCUAAAAAAAUUGAGAAUGCUUUGUUUGGAGCGAUGCACUUUAGGAGAGAACCUAUCAAUCAUUGGUGAGUUAAAGAAUUUAAGAAUCCUUACUUUGUCAGGAUCUAAUAUAGAAAAUUUGCCUCUUGAAUUUGGGCAAUUGGAUAAGCUUCAAUUUCUUGACAUAAGCAAUUGCUUAAAACUAAGACAAAUAACUUCCAAUAUCAUACCGAGGAUGGGCAUUUUAGAGGAGUUUUAUAUCAGAGACAACUUGAUUAUAUGGGAGGCUGAAGAGAAUAUGAAAAGUGAAAAUGCUAGUCUCUCUGAGUUGAUGCACUUGAAUCAGUUACAAAAUCUAGACAUACACAUCCAUUGUUCUUCAUAUUUUCCCCAGAAUUUGUUUUUUGACAGGUUGAAUAGUUACAAGAUUGUCAUUGGUGAAUUCAACUUGUCUAACUUGCUUAAAGUGGGAGAAUUCAAAGUCCCAGACAAGUAUGAGGAGGUAAAAUUUUUGGCAUUAAACCUAAAAGAAGGUAUUGAUAUUCAUUCUGAAAAAUGGAUUAAAAUGUUGUUCAAAAGUGUUGAAUGCUUGUUGUUGGGAGAACUCGAUGAUGUUCAAGAUAUUUUCUAUGAAUUAAAUGUUGAAGGAUUUCCAAAUUUGAAACAUUUAUCCAUUGUAAACAAUUUUGGCAUUAACUAUAUUAUCAAUCCAAAGGAGCGGUUUCACUCUUUACUCGCUUUUCCCAAAUUAGAGUCCAUAUGGCUUUACAAAUUGGAUAAUUUGGAAAUAAUAUGUGACAAUCAGCUUGUAGAGACCUCUUUCCGCAAUUUAAAGGUCAUCAAGAUUCAAACAUGCCUUAAAUUGGUAAACCUUUUCCUAUUUUCUAUGGUUAGACUCCUCACUUUGCUUGAAACAAUUGAAGUGUGUGACUGUGAUUCUUUGAAGGAGAUAGUUUCAAAAGAAAGUCAAACUAAUACUAUCAGCGAUGAUAAGAUUCAGUUUCCCCAGUUACGACUUUUAAAGUUGAAGUAUCUACCAACAUUUAUUUAUUUAUAUAAUGUUGAUAAGACUCCUGGUAGUCCACAAUCGUUGCAAGACCAAGUAUUCCAACAAAGGAACAAAGAUAUUGUUGUUGAUGUUGAGCACAUGGUCACCAAUUCUUGUCUUCCACUCUUCAAUGAAAAGGUCUCAACUCCCAAAUUAGAAUGGUUGGAGUUAUCCUCCAUCAACAUCCAUAAGAUAUGGAGUGACCAGUGUAACCAUUGUUUUCAAAAUUUGCUCACAUUGAAUGUGACAGAUUGCAGUAAUUUAAAGUAUUUACUAUCAUUCUCUAUGGCUGAAAGUUUGGUGAAUCUUCAAAGCAUUUUUGUAAGUGAAUGUGCAAUGAUGGAGGAUAUAUUUCGUCAAGAAGAUGCAGAGUAUAUUGAUGUUUUCCCUAAGUUGAAGAAAAUGGAGAUUAUCUGCAUGGACAAACUCUGUACCAUUUGGAAAUCCGAUAUUGGUUUGCAUUCCUUUAGCAGUUUGAACUCUUUGAUGAUAAGAGAGUGCCAUAAACUUGUUACAAUUUUUCCUAAUUAUAUGGGGCAAAUAUUGCAAAGCCUUCAAAGCUUGACAGUUACAGAUUGCAAAUGGGUUGAAAACAUUUUUGAUUUUGAAAAUAUUCCGCACACUUGUGAUAUUAUUGAAACAAAUUUGGGUAAAAUAAUUCUAGAAAACCUGCCAAAUUUGGUGAACGUAUGGAAGGGUUACACCGGUGAAAUACUCAAAUGUAAUAAUUUGCAAAGCAUAAGAGUUUAUGAGAGUCCAAAAUUGAAGUAUCUAUUUCCAGUUUCUAUUGCCAAUGACCUAGAAAAACAAGAAGUCCUUGAGGUACGGAAUUGUGGGGUGACAGAGAUUAUUGCUUUGGACAAACAUUCAUGUGAAACUGCUAUCAGCUUUAAAUUUCCUCAUCUAAAUACUCUAUCAUUAAUAGACUUGCAUGACUUGAGGAGUUUCUACUCAGGAAUUCAUACUUUAGAGUUGCCUCCAUUAAAGAAAUUGGAUAUAAUCAACUGUAGCAUGCUCCAAGGAUUGACUUCAGAAAUCACAGAUUCAAAAGAGCAACCAAUUGUUUUGGCUGCAAAAAAGGCAAUAUAUAACUUGGAAUACAUGUCGCUGAGCUUGAAGGAAGCAGAGUGGUUGCAAAAAUACAUUGUUAAUGUUCACAGAAUGCACAAACUAGAAGAACUUACUUUGUAUGGGUUGAAGAAUAAUGAAAUUCUCUUUUGGUUUCUUCAUAGACUUCCCAAUUUGAAAAGGUUAACAUUAGAACUUUGUCACUUGAAAAGGAUUUGGGCUCUUAAAAGUCUUAUUUCACGUGAAAAAAUUGGUGGUGUUGUGCAACUUAAAGAGCUGAAACUAGAAAGCAUGUGGUCUCUAGAGGAGAUUGGCUUUGAGCACGAGGUGCUUCUUCAAAGGGUGGAACGCUUAAGCAUUCAACAUUGUACAAAACUGAAAAAUUUAGUGUCAUCUUCGGUAACUUUUAGUUACUUGACAUAUUUAGAAGUGAUGAAUUGUAAAUCAAUGAGGAGUUUAAUGACAUGCUCAACUGCUAAAACUUUGGUUCAACUCACAACGUUGAAGGUAUGCUCCUGCCCAAUGAUUGUGGAAAUCGUUGCAGAAAAUAAAGUGGAAAAAGUACGAGAAAUUGAAUUUAAACAGUUAAAAUCAUUAGAAUUGGUGUCUCUACAAAAUCUCACAAGUUUCUCUAGGGUUGAGAAGUGUGACUUAAAAUUCCCACUACUAGAAAAAUUAGUAGUAAGUGAAUGUCCUCAAAUGACAAAAUUAUCUGAAGUCCAAAGUGCUCCAAACCUACAAAAAGUACAUGUUGAAGCAGGAGAAAAAGACCAAUGGUAUUGGGAAGGUGAUUUGAAUGCCACUCUACAAACACAUUUCACAAACCAGGUUUCUUUUGAAUAUUCAAAGUAUAUAAAUCUUGUUGAUUAUCCCGAGAAGAAAGUUCGACAUGACAAAUUUGCUUUUCCGGACAAUUUCUUUGGUUGUUUGAAGAAAUUGGAAUUCAAUGAAGCAUGUAAAAGAGACACUUUGAUUCCCUCUCAUGUACUGCCUUACUUGAAGAACUUAGAAGAAUUGAAUGUGGAGAAAUGCGAAUCAGCAAAACUAAUAUUUGACAUAGAUGAGAGAAAAAUCCAGAUGUAUGGAAUGGUGUUUCGUUUGAAAACGCUUACGUUAAAACAGUUGUCAAAUUUAAAAUGUGUGUGGAAGGAAAAUCUCGAAGGAAUUGUCAGCUUUUCGAAUUUGCAAAGAGUGGAUGUUGAUGGUUGUAGAAGCCUAUUAACAUUGUUCCCUUUAUCACUUGCCAAAGAUCUUGGGAAGUUGGAGACACUUGAUAUAAAGGAGUGUGAGAAAAUGAUAGAAAUAGUUGGAAGGGAAGAUGAAAUGGAACAUGGAACGACAAUAAUGUUUGAAUUCCCUUGUUUGUCAUAUCUAAAUCUUGAAAACAUGCCACUGUUGAGUUGCUUUUACCUUGGAAAGCAUCAUCUAGAAUGUCCCUUGUUAGAUAGGUUAUAUGUGGCAUGUUGUCCUAGGCUGAAGCUAUUCAGAUCAAGCUUUGAUGAUGAUAGUAAAAAAGAAGUUUUAGAGGCUCCAACUGACUUGUUACAACAACCUUUGUUCUCUAUUCAGAAGGUUUCUCCCAAACCGAUGGGAUUGACACUCAAUGAGGAAAGCAUUAAGCUAAUGAGUGAUGCACGUUUGCCACAAGACCUUCUUUGUAAAUUAAAAUGUCUUAUACUAUCCUUUGAGGAUGAUAACAAUGGGAAAGAUAGUUUGCCUUUUGGUUUCCUUCACAAGCUACCCAAUUUAGAAUCUCUUACAGUACAGAAAUGCUCUGGUCUAAAGGAGAUAUUUCCCUCUCAAAAGCUUCAAGUUCACGACAACGUACUUGCUGAAUUGAAAGGAUUAUUUUUGUUUGAGUUAAGUGAGUUAGAGUCUAUAGGUUUAGAACACACGUGGGUACAACCAUACUCCAAAAAGCUUGAUUCGUUAUUUCUUUACGGUUGCCAUCGAGUAGAAAACAUAGUUUCUUGUGCAGUGUCAUUCAUCAAUCUUAAAGAUUUAUUUGUGGUGGACUGCAAAAGGAUGGAGUAUUUAUUCACGUCUGCAACACUGAAAUCUUUAGUGAAACUUGAGACUCUAUUCAUAGGAUAUUGUGGAUCGAUCAAAGAAAUUGCAAGAAAUGAAGAGGAAGAUGGUUGUGAUGAGAUAAUAUUUGGACGACUCCGAUCAAUUAAACUGGAAUACUUGCCAUGGCUGAUAAGCUUUUAUUCAGGAAAUGCCACCUUGCAAUGCCCAUGUUUACAAAAUGUGAUGGUAACUGAAUGUCCCAAUAUGAUAACUUUCUCUGAAGGAGUCAUAAAACUAGCAAUGUUUUCGGGGAUUCAAACAUCCGAAGAUUCUGAUUUCACUUUCCACGUCGAUCUCAACACAACUGUCGAAAGUUUAUUUCAUGAAAAGGAAAUUUUCAACCAUUCAAAGCACAUGAUUCUUGAUGAAUAUCUUGAGAUAACGGGAGUUCAGCACAUAAAACCUGAUAUUGCAAACAAUUUCUUUGGUAGUUUCAAGGAAUUGGAAUUUCAUGCAGCAUGCAAAAGAGCUGUCGUAAUUCCAUUUCAUUUACUCCCUUACUUGAAGAACUUAGAAAAGUUGAAUGUGCAUAGUUCCGAUGCAGUCAAGGUAAUAUUUGACUUUGAUGAGAGUGAGGACAAGACAAAGGGAAUAGUCUCUAGUUUGAAAGAACUUACUUUAAAAAACUUGUCAAAUUUGAAAUGUGUAUGGAAGGAAAAUCUCGGAGGAAUUGUUAGCUUUCCCAAUUUGGAAGAAGUGAUUGUCACUGAUUGUAGAAGCUUGGUAACACUUUUGUCUUCAUCACUUGCCAAAAGUGUUGAAAAACUUAAGACACUUCGGAUGGAUAGGUGUGAAAAAUUGAAAGAAAUAGUUGGAGAGGAAGAUGAAAGGGAGCAUGGAAUGACAUUAACGUUUGAAUUUCCUUGCUUGACCGUGUUAUUUCUUUUGGAUAUGCCACUGUUAAGUUGCUUUUAUCCUGGAAAACAUUAUCUGGAAUGCCCCAUAUUAGAUUCAUUAUGUGUGGCGUAUUGUCCUAAGUUAAAGCUAUUCACAUCAGAUACUGGUGACAGUCAUAAAGAAGAAGUUAUAGAGGCUCCAAUUAGCCCGCUACAACAACCUUUGUUCUUGAUGGAAAAGGUUUCUCCAAAACUGAAAAAAUUAGCCCUUAAUGUGAAAAACAUCAUGUUGUUGAGAGAUGGAUGUUUGCCGCAUGAUCUUCUUUGCAAGCUAAGUCAUCUUUGGUUUCUUUUUGAGGAUUAUGAAAUUGAGAAUGAUACUCUGCAUUUUGAUUUUUUUCACAAGCUACCUAGUUUAGAAUAUCUUCAUUUGGAAAAAUGUUUUGGUCUGAAGGUGAUAUUUCCCUCUCAAAAGCUUCAGGUUCAUGACAAAGUACUUGCUGGAUUGAAACAAUUAAGUUUGAUGAAACUAAGUAAGUUAGAGUCCAUAGGUUUGGAGCACGAGUGGGUACAACUAUACUCUAGAAAGCUUGAACUACUAAAGCUUCACACUUGCCCUCAAGUAGAAAACAUAGUUUCUUGUUCAGUGUCAUUCAUCAAUCUUACAAAGUUAUAUGUGAAGCUAUGUGAAAAGAUGGAAUAUUUAUUCACAUUUGCAACAUUCAAAAGUUUGGUGAAACUUAUGACUCUAAGCAUAAAGAAUUGUGAAUCAAUAAAAGAAAUUGUAAAAAAGGAGGAGGAAGAUGCUUGUGAUGAGAUAGUGUUUGGACAGCUCAGAUCAAUUAAGCUGAAUUCCUUACCAAAGCUAUUAAGCUUUUAUUCAGGAAAUGCCACUUUGAAAUUCUUGUGUUUGCAGAGUUUUAUGGUAGCUAAAUGUCCCAAUAUGAUAACUUUCUCUGAAGGAGUAAUAAAUAUGCCAAUACUUUCGGGGAUUAAAACAUCGAAAGAUUCUGUUGUAGUAUUCCACGACAAUCUCAACACAAUAAUCGAGACGUCGCUUCACGAACAGGAAUUUAUGGAAUAUUCAAAGCGUAUGAUUCUUGAAGAUUAUCUUGGGAUGUCUGGAGUUCACCACAGAAAACCUAUUGUUUCAGAAAAUUUUUUUGGUAGUUUCAAGAAAUUGGAAUUUGAUGCAGCAUGCAAUAGAACUAUUUUAAUUCCAUCUCAUGUACUUCCUUACUUGAAGAACUUAGAAGAAUUGAAUGUGAAAAAAUCCGAUGCAAUGCAAAUAAUAUUCGACAUUGACGAGAGUGAGGUCAAGACGAAGGGAGUAGUUUUUGGUUUGAAAAAACUUACUUUAAACAAGUUGUCAAAUUUGAAACAUGUAUGGAAGGAAAAUUCCACAGGAAUGAUCAGCUUUCAUAAUUUGCAAGAAGUGGUUGUUAAUGGUUGUGGAAGUUUGAUAACAUUGUUCUCUUCGUCCCUAGCAAGAAAUCUCGGGAAGCUUGAGAAACUUCACAUAAAAGAGUGUGGAAAACUGGUAGAAAUAGUUGAAAAGGAAGAUGGAACGGAAAAUGGAACCAAAAUAAUGUUUGAAUUCCCUUGUUUGACGUGGCUAUAUCUCAAAAACAUGCCACUCUUGAAUUGCUUUUAUCCUGGAAAGCAUGAUCUGGAUUGUCCGUUAUUGGAAAUCUUACUUGUGUGCUUUUGUCCUAAAUUGAAGCUAUUCACAUCAGACUUUGAUGAAAAUCAGAAAGGAGCUAUAGAGGCUCAAAUUAGCCCACUGCAACAACCUAUGUUUUCAGUUGAAAGGGUUUCUCCCAGAAUAAAGGCUUUGGCACUCAAUGAAGAAAACAUAAUGUUAUUUAGAGAAGUACAGUUGCUACAAGACAUUCUUUGCAAUAUAGCUAUUCUUGGGUUGUGUUUUGAGGAUGAUAACAUUGAGAAAGAUAGUUUGCCUUUUGACUUCUUGAACACACUACCCAAUGUAUUAUGUCUUGUAAUUAAAAAGUGCUUUGGUUUGAAGGAGAUAUUUCCCUCUCAAAAACUUCAAGUUCACGAUGAAGGACUUGCGGGAUUGAAACAAUUAUUCUUGGUAGAUCUAAAAGAGUUAGAGUCGGUGGGCUUAGAACACCCUUGGGUACAACCGUACUCUGAAAAGCUUCAACAAUUAAGCCUUAAGAGGUGCCCUCAGUUACAAAAAUUAGUUUAUUGUGCAGUGUCUUUCAUCAAUCUCGAAGAACUGUGCGUGAAACUCUGUGAAAGGAUGGAAUAUUUAUUCACAUUUGCAACAGUCAAAAGUUUGGUGAAACUUAAGACCCUAACCAUAAAUAGUUGUGAAUCAAUCAAAGAAAUUAUUAAACAUGAAAACGAAGAUGGUUGUGCUGAUAUGGUAUUUGGACGACUCAAAUCAAUCAAGCUAAAAUCAUUGCCAAGACUUGUAAGGUUUUAUUCAGGGAAGGCCACUCUGCAAUGCUCAUAUUUAAAAGUCGUCAUGGUAGUUAAAUGUCCCAGUAUGAAAACUUUUUCUGAAGGAGUCAUGAAAGUGCCAAAGUUUUCAGGAAUUCAAACAUCUAAGGAUUCUGAUUUAAUCUUCCAUGAAGAUCUCAAUACAACUAUCAAGAAAUUGUUUCAUGAAGAGGUGGAAAAAUCCGCUUGCGAUUUAGAGCAUUUGAAAUUUGGUGAUCACCCUAACCUGGAAGAGAUUUGGCUUGGUGUAGCUCCAAUUCCAAGAAACGAUUGUUUCAACAAUUUGCAAUCUAUAGCUGUGGUUGAAUGUGAAUCUCUCUCCAAUGUCAUUCCUUUCUAUUUACUACGCUUUCUUUCUAACCUCAAAGAGAUCGAGGUAAGCAACUGUCAAUCUGUGAAGGCAAUAUUUGAUGUGAGAGGUGAAGGAACAUAUAUGAAACCGAUUUCUCUUCCUUUGAAGAAACUCAUUCUAAAUCAGUUGCCAAAUCUGGAGCACAUCUGGAAUCUGAAUCCUGAUGAAAUUCUGAGCCUUCAAGACUUGCAACAAGUGUCAAUUUCUAACUGUCAAACCCUUAAAAGUUUGUUUCCAACAUCAGUGGCCAAUCAUCUUGUUAAGCUUCAUGUGAGAGCUUGUGCAACAUUGGUGAAAAUUUUUGUAGAGACUGAAACAGCCUCUGAAGUAGAAACUAAACAGUUCAAUUUCCAUUGUCUGACCUCAAUAACACUAUGGGAAUUGCCAGAGCUCAAGUACUUGUACCCUGGAAAACACACUCUGGAAUGGCCAAUGCUAACACAUCUAGAUAUAUAUCAUUGUGAUCAGUUGAAAUUGUUUAAAACCGAGCAUCAUAGUGAUGAAUUUUCAGAUAAAAAGGAUCAACUCGGUAUUUCAAUACAUCAGCAACCUGCUUUCUCAGUUAAAAAGGUUUUUCCAAAGUUGGUGCAAUUAUCACUCAAAAAGGAAGACGCCAUGGCAAUUUUGCAAGGACAGCUCCAGGUUAUACCAAGCAUUGAACACCAAGCAAUCACUUGGAAGGACACUAGGAUUGGACAAGGACAAUUUGGUGCAAAUGUUGCACAACUCCUGCAAAAUUUAAAACUUCUCAAAUUAAUGUGCUAUCAUGAAGAUGAUAAGUCAAAUAUAUUCUCUAGUGGAUUACUUGAAGAGAUACCCAACAUUGAAAAUCUUGAAGUGGUUUGCAGUUCCUUCACUGAAAUAUUCUGCUCUCAAGGACCUACCAAUGAUUGUAGCAAAGUACUUCUAAAGCUGAAAAGAUUACAUCUGAAGAAUCUCCCACAGCUUAAUACCAUCGGAUUAGAGCACUCAUGGGUAGAACCCUUACUUAAAACACUAGAAACAUUGGAAGUGUUUUCAUGCCCUAACAUGAAAAUUUUGGGGCCAUCCACCUUGUCUUUUUCAAGUCUUACCACUUUGAGUGUUGAUGAAUGCCAUGGAUUGUUAUAUCUGUUCACAUCCUCAACAGCCAAAAGACUAGGUCAACUGAAGCACUUUUCCAUACGGGAUUGUCAAGCAAUACAGGAAAUAGUGUCCAAAGAGGAAGAUCAUGAAUCAGAAGAUGAAGAUAUAACAUUUGACCAGCUCAGCUUUUUGUCUCUUCAAUCUUUACCAAACAUCGUAGUAAUUUACUCAGGAACUUUCAAGUUAAAGUUCCCAUGCUUGGAUCAAGUGACUAUAAAGGAAUGCCCUCAAAUGAAAUACUCUUAUGUACCUGAUUUGCAUGAAUUCAAGCCUCAGGAGCGAACUUAAUUGCAAGAGCUGAGUUUGUUGGCAGGUAUAAACUCGCUAAGUGAACACAUUUUGUUAGAAAAUUCACAUGAAUGUAUUUGGUAACCAACAGCUUCAUUUCUUACCAAGUUUUUCCUAAACUUUCUUGCGUGCAUAAACUUUGUUCUAAUGUUUAUCCGUCAUCAGUAUGGUACAUGCCCCCUUCUGUUUGAGGCAAGCUAUACAACAUAAAUAUCAGUUUUAUUUCAAUA